UUGAAACCUCCCUCGGACGCCAAGAUCCUAAUUUUCAAAAUCCGCAACAAACGAGUUACAGCCAAUGAUAUUGAUGAAGUCAUGAAAUGCACCUGUGGAGGUACGAGAGAUGAAUUGAAGCAUGGAGAAAGACGUCUGACGACUUCUGACUAUGACAGACCAGCAACAGAACUGGCCAAAUUCCUCUUGGGGAAAGUACUCGUGCGGAGGAAGGAGGGCGGAGAAGAAAUGAAAGGCAUUAUAGUUGAGACAGAGGCUUACAUCGGCGGUCUUGACAAAGCUUCACAUUCUUACAAAGGGAAGAAAACAAAACGCAAUGCUCCUAUGUUUAUGAAGCCGGGCACUGCCUAUGUUUACAUUACAUACGGCAUGUAUCACUGUUUCAACAUAUCUAGUCAGGGUGAAGGUGCAGCCGUUUUACUCAGAGCAAUAGAACCUAUUUAUGGAAUCAACGACAUGCGUGACAACAAGGCUGUAAAUGCAAAAGUGAAAAAGAAAUCCAGCUUCAAUUUAAAAAAAGAUCACAGAUCUCUGUGCAUUAGAGAAAUUUGUAACGGCCCAUCGAAAUUGUGUAUGGCGCUUGAUAUUGACAAAAAGUUGAACACAGAGGAUUUAAGCAUUUCGACAAAUUUAUGGGUCGAAAACAAUUUAGAUGUAGAUAACAAAGACAUAAUCAAUUGUUCCAGAAUCGGUCUGAACUCCAUUUAUGGCGAAUGGAUGACAAAACCGUUAAGGUAUUACAUCAAAGACAAUCUGUACAUAAGUAAAAAGGCAUCACCAGUUGAAUUGGCUCAAAUGUUGUGAAGAAACAACUUUUUUUAACCCACAAAAAAACAUUCUUAUAAUCGUUUAUUUCUGUGAUCUUGUAUUUUUAUAAAUUCGUCAGUAUUAGUAUUUAUAAGAGUUUUGUUUACAUUUCAAUCUCCAAAUAUUUUAAAUAUUUGUAGCCUGUUGUCAUAAUUUUCUUCCAUCAUAAAAUCAUAUAAAAACAAUACAAACUUUUUUAGAGCUACUGAAGUUUAAAUUGUCUACUUUUUGAAAUUUCCUCCUCCCCUUGUAGUAUAAACAAAAUUUUAAAUUGUGAGUUUUCCUCCCUUUCAGUCAUCCAUUUCAGGCAUCUUGUCAUUUUCCGCGUUGGAUCUACUAUUGGGUUGUCCGGAAAAUAAUG